UCAAAGAAAUUUGUAAUCCAAGAUGCAAAAAUAAAAGAUUGAAGUACACUGUCACAUUAACACCAUAUGUUGUGUCUCGUUGUAUCUCUCCAGGUGCAUUGCUUAGUUUAAAUCUGAUCCAGUAUGUCUUACGUAUCCGACAGCUCCAGCCUCAACAAGGCCCUGCGACAGCAGUACCUCAGUCUGCCUCAGGGACCCUUCUGUCAGGUCACUUAUAUCUGGAUCGAUGGCUCUGGAGAGGGUCUGCGCAACAAGACUCGAACCAUGGAUUUGGAGCCAAAGAGCGUGGCUGAUCUGCCAGAAUGGAUCUUUGAUGGUUCCAGCACGGGUCAGUCUGAAGGACACAACAGUGACAUGCUGCUGAUUCCUGUGCGCAUGUUUAGAGACCCUUUCCUCCUGGACCCAAACAAACUGGUGCUAUGUGAGGUGCUCAAGCACACCCGAGAACCUGCAGAGUCAAACCAUCGUAACAGGUGCAACAAGGUCAUGGAGAAGGUCAAAGGUCUUCAGCCUUGGUUUGGCAUGGAGCAGGAAUAUACUCUUCUAGGAGUGGAUGGACACCCUUAUGGCUGGCCCAGACUUGGCUUCCCCAAACCACAAGGUCUAUAUUACUGCAGUGUUGGUGCUGACAGAGCCUUUGGCAGAGACAUUGUGGACUGCCAUUACAAAGCCUGUUUAUAUGCUGGCAUCAAAAUCACUGGUACUAAUGCAGAGGUCAUGCCCUCUCAGUGGGAGUACCAGGUGGGUCCAUGCGAGGGAAUUGAGAUAGCAGAUCAUCUGUGGAUGUCACGCUUUCUGCUGCACCGAGUGUGUGAAGAUUUUGGAGUGGUGGCCACACUGGAUCCUAAACCCAUGGCGGGAGACUGGAACGGAGCCGGCUGCCACAUCAAUGUGAGCACAGCAUCCAUGAGAGAGGAAGGAGGAAUUGAGCACAUUGAGAAAGCCAUUGAGAAACUGAGUAAGAGACAUGAAGAGCAUAUUCGAGUCUACGACCCACAUGGUGGAGAAGAUAACAAGCGUCGCCUCACAGGUCAUCAUGAAACCUCCAGCAUCCACGAUUUCUCUGCAGGUGUUGCAAACCGUGGGGCCAGCAUCCGCAUCCCACGUCAGGUUGGUCAGGAGAAGUGUGGUUAUUUUGAGGACCGUCGUCCUGCCGCCAACUGUGACCCAUAUGCCGUGACCUACGAAAUGGCUGUGACAUGCAUGCUAGUAGAUGUUCAUGAAUAACAUACUUUAAUAGAUGCUCAGUGUUAGGUAGAGGGCUCAUUAUUCUGGUGUAUUUGUUGUAAAAUGUCCUCCAUGCAUAUUAUAAUCAUCAUCUGAAGAGAAUUUAAUGCGUUUGCCGUAUGUAUCAAAUGGUCAUACACAUGAGUUUACCUGUUUUUCUGAACAAUAAAUUCAUUCUCACACAAGCAGAAAUCAAAAGAAAACACUCCAAGUUUAUUGUCAUA